AUGCCCUUCAGGGACGACACUAGUUUGGUUGCUUUCCGGUACGAUCAGGCUGCUCAGGCUGAGCCGCCUAUCCCCAUCCCCCCGGCCAAGUCACCUCUGCGCUACCAACGCGCCGCUGCAGCAAGAGCCAGAGCAGCGACAGCAGGGGCAGCAAUAGUAACAGCAGCAGCAACAGCAACAGUAACAGCCGCACGACCGAUUUCGUGUAUAUCGACACCGGUACCAGCAGUACCACCUACAAUUCUGGCACGGACUCCUCAAUCUUCGGCGCCAGUUUCAGGCCCAACAAUUACUGCUUCUCCUACCAUUAUUACAACAACUUCAACUUUUCCGGUUAUUGUUGCUCCUCCGCACCCGCCGCCAUCUGGACCCCUGCCCCUACCGCCAGGAACCGAAGAGCAUCUGCACCCAGCGCUGAGAAGUGGUGCCCCGCGGAGCAGCGACCCGGACGACUUAAAAAACAAACGGGACUCUGGCCACGCACCUACCACAACCUCGAUCUUGACCUCCACCUCAUCGUCGUCGCAAGCGCGGACCUUUUACGACGAGAGCAGCGAGGAAGAAGAAGGGGAAGAAGACGAGGAUCCGUUCCCAUACGAGAAAAUCCAAUCUGCCCGAAGAUCUAAAUUUGUCCCGGCUUUGCUUGUUCCACCGCUGCGGAUCAGGUCGUCGUCGCCAACGUCCCUGUACGCGCAGACGCAUAAUAUACUGGGGCACGGCGACGAUUUGGAUUUGGGUGGAACCAACAAUCACAGCGUAUCCAGCAUUCCUUUGCACUCGCCAGGGUUGUCUGAGGCCAAUACCGUAUCGCCCACCUCCCCGACCACCCCGCCCCCAAACUUCCCCGAGAAAACAUCUGCCUCUUCGUCCAUCUUUUCUCGUCGCUCCUUCAGUUUCCGGACCUCGGGCUCAUCAUCAAUGAAGUCGUCAAAGCGUCUCAAGAAAAAGAAGCAGCAGCAUCAGCAGCAGCAGCGGCGACCACUUUCGGAGUCUCCCGCCGAGGCCCGUCAUGGGGAGCCAUCGACCGCCAACCCUACCCUGUCGCUAGACGGAGCCAAGGCCACGACUAGCAGUAGUACAGCCCCGGUCACCGUGGUCGCCCCACCACGAAAUGGAGAUGAACAGAGUUCCAGGGACCACUACCAUUACACUCGUCUGCCAAACUCUCCUAAGCUCGUGACAGACGCAUCUGCCCACGACGGAGAUGAUUUCGCUGACUUUGUUCAACAAAUCUCCUUUUCAAAACGCGGCAGUAUCAUGCUCGGUGGCAUGCGCCCAUCGAGACACGCCGCAAACAUGAGCGACGACAGUGGAUUUGCACACCGCGCUGCUGCUGCUGCCGCCGCCGCUGCUACUACUCCUGCAUCGCCGUCCUCACCAGAGCAACAGCGGCCCCAGCGCGUCUUCCCCCUUGCUUCGCCCCCGAGGAUCAAGGCAAACAAGAACAAUGCCGCGCACUCGAAUGUUGCUGAUGGCGAUCGCAAGUCAGGGGAUACGCGUCCUGCUCCCCCAUCCGGCAGAAUGACACCGCCGCCACCAUUGCCACCCCCGACGCCCCCUUCAGUGCCGUAUGCUGAUGCUCCCACGACACCCAAAUCAGCCCGGCGUGCUCCCAGCAUCCGAUUGAUAUCUGUAGAAGUGGAAAGGGAAUCUCAAAAGGUGAGAUCGCUCUAUGAACCCAGGGAAGGACUCAGAUGGGAAGAUGGGGCUCCUGCCUCUUCGCAUGGCGAACGGCUCGAGCCUACAGUGGAAGUCCCGUCGGAUGUGGAUGAGAACUCUUCAAAGCCAAGUCCAAGCACCAACACAAAUUCAAAUCCGGACGAUCAACCUGGAGUCCCACAGCCAGCAACUGGGAUCCCCGAGUCCGCGGGGCCUUCUGCGUCGCGACCAGAUGAGCAAGUGCAUCAUACCUAUGAGCGGGUGGACCGCAUAGAGGACUGGGAAGAUGUCGAAUUCGAGAAUGUGGACCGCUUUGGUUUCAUCGUACCAAAACGCCCCAUGACACCAUCGAGUGCACCGGCGACAAUCAUGGACAGUCCCAGCCAGUCAACACCUCGCAGCAAACACCGAAGUAUACUGGGCCGGAGAGGUGCUGCGUCGCAUUCGCAGUAUCUCGGAGCCAAACAAGGACCGGGUAGAAGGGCUUCGGCCCGCUCUCUGCAUACGCAGACAUCGGGGCUCUCUACGGGGUCUAAACGCUCUACUCGCUCUGCCCUUGGGCAAGCUGCCAAUCUGCUUCCACACAACAAGGAUCGGAAAUGCAUGGACGAGGCGGGAGAGAUGCUAGCCCAGGAGCCAGGCUUCAGCGGCAUUGGUGAAGACCUAGUGGCUGGGCAGCUGGCCGACGAGUACAGGCGAAAGGAGUGGCAGCGCACCGAGAAGUGGCGCAAAAUGGCAAAGAUUGUCAAGCCAGGAAAGGAAGGCGAGGGUAUGGUUUUCGAGUUUGACACCAAGCAUCCCAAAAUUGUUGAGCGAACAUGGAAGGGCAUACCUGAUCGGUGGCGUGCCUCGGCUUGGUACUCCUUUCUAGCCACCAGCGCAAGAAACAGCAAGAAACCCUGCGCUACCGACGAGGAGCUCAGUGCAGCCUUUUUCGAGCUGCAAGGGCAGUCAUCGCCUGAUGAUGUACAGAUUGAUCUUGACGUGCCGCGGACUAUCAGCCAGCACAUCAUGUUCCGCAAGAGGUACCGAGGAGGGCAAAGAUUGCUAUUUCGAGUACUUCAUGCAUUGUCACUAUAUUUUCCACUGACUGGCUACGUACAAGGCAUGGCUUCCCUGGCUGCCACACUGCUCAGCUACUAUGAUGAGGAACGUUGCUUCAUCAUGCUCGUGCGACUCUGGGAGUUGCGGGGUCUGAAUCGACUAUACUCUCCCAACUUUACCGAGCUCAUGGAAGCUCUUCAAGACUUUGAAAAGUAUUGGCUAGCAGAGAAGAAAAACGUGGCCAAGAGCCUCAAGGAGCUUUGCAUUGACCCGACGGCAUAUGGAACAAGAUGGUAUCUGACACUUUUCCAUCUCUCCAUGCCAUUCUCAGCUCAACUCCGCAUAUGGGACGUCUUCAUGCUCUUGGGUGCCUCGCCUCCUGACCCACCAGCUCCAGAAGCGCCCAACACCAAGCAGGCUAUGCAAAUCUCGUCCAAGGGACUCGAGACCAUUCACGCAACGAGUACAGCUAUCAUUCUUGCUCUGAGUGAGCACAUUGUUGACUCGGAGUUUGAAAAUGCAAUGAAGGCACUCACGUCCUUUGUCCCAGUCAAGAACGAUGACCUCCUCAUGAAAGUUGUCCACACUGAAUACAAGCAGUAUAUGAACAAGAUGAAGAAGUUUUAG